CACAAGCAACUCAACUUCGAUCUUCAGUGCAAGCUUAGUUGUUAAUAAACUUGAAAGACCACAAAUAAAAGAGCUUAAAUAUACAAACACGAACUAUUGCUAAAUAUAGACAAAGAAGCCAUUAAAGUGUGUGUAUUAGAACAAAAGUAACGUAAAAGGGAAUUUUAUUGUAAAAGAAUUGCGGUAAAGUGGCAUAAAACUAUACGGUCCAGUAGUAAAACGUUGCAGAAUAUGAGAACAAGCAUGAAAAGUGUGCCAGGUUUGCUAGCGCUGUUGAUCUUGGCCCUCGCCUGCUGCGCCAUGGAAGUUGUUGCUGCUCCUUACCAAGAGUUACCUCCCCGAGCUGGGCAUAUUCCGGUCUAUAUACGUGAAGAUAACCAGCCGCUAAGCGAAAUCCAUCCAGGUCUGGCUGAGGCAUUCCACGAACUAGGAGAACUAGAUCAGAAGGGCAGUAAUUCAAAAACAGUGAACAGCCUGAAAGAUCAAACUGAUGGUUCUAAAGAUGAAAAGGAAACAAAUAGAUUAUUGAACACGAUAAAGCCUACAGAGAGUGAUAUAGCAUCUUUUGAUGUGGUGAAAAAUGUUGAUGCCAAAAUUGACUCUUUAUCGAACGGGGAAGUUGAAAAACAGGAAACAGAUAUUGUUAAGAAAGAUGAUAAGGAACAGGAUAAGGAGGUGGCGUAAAUUUCACACAAGCUACGUGAAGGAAACUCCUAAACAAUUGUCUACAUUUUAAUCCUACUUUAUAUAAAUAUUUUUUUUUAUACCACAACGAAUACAAUGAAACAAUCAAAAUGGAAGCUUUUCAUCAGAAUGAGAAGUUGACUGCAUAUUAAAAAUUACACAAUCGGAACUCUGCCUAAUUAAAGGCCAGUUAAGAAAGAAUUUCAGAUGUAUAUACACAUGUGCAUACACAUAUAGUUAUAUAUCAAUUUUGUCUUUCAAACUUGAUCGCACAUGCAGUGAAAUACCUUUGUAGGUGCUGGUUAAAAUGGGUGCCAUCAAAUCAGUGGCAAUUAGCAGGCGAUACUAAACUGUGUGUAUGUAUGGAUAUGUGCAUUUAUUUAAAUUAUUAGCAUUAUUAGAAAUUAAGUUUAACAAACUGCUCUUUUCAACAAAAUGAUUGUUUCAUUAAAACUAAUAAAAAAUAAAUCACAUUUUGUUUAUUGGUA